GAGAAGUCAGUGAAAGAAUUCCAAGGGAGUCGGUCGUACGUACUCAUAUGCCUCUCUUUCUCACCUCUCAUGCCUGGCUUUAGCUUCGCUUUCUCUCUUCUUUUUUGAUUACUUCUCUCUCUGCUGUGGGAUUGCAGACGCUUCCCACCUCCAAAGGAAAAAUUUUCCUUAAAAUGAAGGCAGCAAAGGGAAAGGGGGCUACGAAGAAGGAAACCAAGGAAGCUUUGAAGCCAGUUGAAGACAGAAAGGUUGGGAAGCGCAAAGCUGCUAUUAAAGUUGAUAAGAGUAGUACAAAACGGGGCAAGAAAGAAAAAACAGCCAAAAAGGAUCCUAACAAACCAAAAAGGCCCCCAAGCGCCUUCUUUGUUUUUCUAGAAGAGUUUAGAAAGAUUUACAAACAAGAGCAUCCUAAUGUGAAGGCUGUCUCAGCUGUUGGGAAGGCUGGGGGAGAGAAGUGGAAGUCAAUGUCUGAUGCUGAGAAAGCUCCUUUUGAAGCCAAAGCUGCAAAGAAGAAGGGCGAGUAUGAAAAGCUUAUUUCAGCCUACAACAAGAAACAGGAAAGUAUGGCUGAUGAUGGUGAUGAGGAGUCCGAUAGGUCGAAAUCGGAAGUUCAUGAUGAUGAUGAGGAAAGUGAGGAGGGGGCAUGAUUCUCUGUAGGAGGAAGAUGAUGAUGAUGAAGAUGAUGAUUGAAGAUGAUGGCCUAUGUGGCUUGGGGGAGUAUAAUCAAUGCAAACCGUUGAUUCUGAAAUGUGUAUGAUCUUACCUUAGGAUACAAGUGGUUGCCUUUCAAAAUGGGAAAGAAUGCAGCUCCCAGAGUGUUGCUAUAUAUCCCUAUUAGAAUUACCUGUAUAUUUAUUUCUGUUUUCUGCUUCCCUUAUCAAGUUGGUAUAAUAUCAUGUGCUCUCACAACACGCCUUGGGCUUUUAACAUGAGAGUUUAAGCAUUCUCAUAUUCUUCUGUUUCUGCAAGAAAUGCAUGUCUAUU